AUGCUGUCCAGAGCUGUGAGACCAGCCCUCAGCGCCGGCAAUGCCGCCUUCGCCAGAACGGCGGUGCCUCAGGUUGCUGGCUAUGCCACCCUACGAGAAAUCGAAGGCCGCCUAAAGUCUAUUCGCAACAUCGAAAAAAUCACGAAGACGAUGAAGAUUGUGGCCUCGACAAAACUUACUCGUGCCCAGAAGGCCAUGCGCGACUCCCGGACUUACGGUCAAACCUCCAACAAGGUUUUCGAGGAAGCCGAGACGAAGCCACUGGAGGAAAAGAAAACACUGCUCGUGGUUGCAAGCUCCGACAAGGGUCUCUGUGGCGGUAUUCAUUCUGGUUUGACACGUACCACUCGCCGUAUGCUCGAAGCCGACCCCAACUUGGACCUGGCCAUUAUCGGUGAAAAGUCAAAGAGUCAACUCGGUCGAUCAAAUGCCCGAAACAUUGUCUUGAGUUUCGCUGGCAUUGGAAGAGAUGUCCCAACCUUCGCCGAUGCCCAAGCCAUCGCGGACCAGCUUGUCAUGCUUCCGGAGGAGUAUGCCAGCAUUAAGAUCCUCUACAACAAAUUUAUCAAUGCCACGAGCUACGAACCAGUUACCAUCGAAGCCUACUCCGAGGAAGCCAUCACGCAGUCCCCCAACUAUGCUGCAUUCGAAAUUGAUGACGAAGUUCUUGCCAACCUCCGAGAAUAUACGCUUGCGAACUCUUUGUACUGGGCUCUCGCUGAAGGACAUGCUUGCGAGCAAUCUGCUAGACAAAAUGCCAUGGACAACGCCUCGAAGAACGCUGGAGAUAUGAUCGGAAAGUUCACCAUUCUGUACAACAGAACCAGACAAGCUGUCAUCACUGGAGAAUUGGUUGAAAUCAUCACAGGUGCCACUGCAUCGGAGGAUAUGUAG